AUGCCUCCCCCAACCCCAAUUUGCAGAAUAAAAAAAAAGAAAAGCCAAUGGUCCCUUUCCCUGGUGGAAAUCCCUCCGUCAAACAGUCAAACAGGACCCCUUUUUGGCCGAGCUUUGUAUGCUGAGGCACCCGCCAGUGCCGAUGGGUCGGAUAGCGGUGCCGACAGCAGUCAGUGGCUCGUGCGUCAGUCGCGAGAUACGCAGCAGAUUCAAGCUUCUUCUCAUGCAUUUGCGAUUAUUGCCUUGGAAGGCUCAUCCCGUGGAGCCACGCUGGCCGCGGUUGCGGCCGCAAUGGGGUGUAAACCCGAGCCUUGUGGCGACAACAGUGGCGUGCUGUGCCAGCUGCAGGACGUGCAUCCUCUGAUUGUGCAUCCAGUCCAAAACACGCAGGGUUGCACGGAACCUUGCUCGCAGCGGGGGUGA